AUGAAUUCUAUCUCGGAGGAUGCAGUCCAACAGGAUGCAGAUUUCUGGUUCGAGGACGGCAACAUCGUGCUCAUCGCGAACCGCACAGCAUUCCGCGUCCACCAGGGAGUGCUCUCGCGACAUUCUGAAGUCCUACGCUCCCUUCUCAUCCUUAGUCAGCCCGUAGACGAGGAGACGAUGUUUGGCUGCCCUUCCGUUCACAUGUCAGAUUCUCCGACAGAUCUGCAACACUUAUUGCGCGUUCUCUAUGACAGCGGCAUGUCUUACUUUGAGCGCGCGAAGUGUCUUGAAUUUUCUGAAGUAGCCGCUCUCGUGCGCCUCUCGCACAAGUAUGGCAUCAAGCCGAUCUGCAGAGAUGGGCUUGCUAGGAUGAAAACAAUCUUCACAGACGAUUUCUCAACUUGGACGGAUUUGCAGAGGUCAACAUUAGGCGGUGUACAUAGCAUCUGCAGCCCAGUUUUGUCCCUCAAGGCCUCGGAAGCUAUCAUGGCAGUCAGUCUGGCACGACUCACUGACUCCCUCACUAUGUUGCCAACAGCACUGUACAUAUGCUGCCUCCUCCAGCCUCGUGUUUUGCUCCAAGGGGCUACCCUGUCUGACGGCUCUUCGGCCCAAUUAUCUGCCGCGGAUCUCGAGCUAUGCGUUAGCGCAAUACCAACGCUGACUACUGGACACCUUGCAGGAACUCUCUGUCUCUGGGUCCCGCCCAGUCCGCAGUGUUCUCGAUGGUCCACGUGUGCGAAUUCUCUGCGUAAAUUCUUCAUGGGGACAUCUAAGCACGUCAAAGAACUGACCAGUGUUGACGUCCUGGGGCUCUCAAGUGAAUUGAUUGAUGUUGUGGCAGUGGAGGGGCGCCCGUGUGCCGACUGCACGGUCUUCAUGAAGUCCAGAAGUAUUGAGUGGCACCACAAAUUUUGGGAUGACCUUCCAUCAAUUUUUGGCUUGGAUGAUUGGUCGCGCCUCAGAGAGUCAAUGCCUGCGUCUUCGACGAAUUGA